UGGCGCAUCUUAAAGAAUAUCUCGAUCAUCUCGAUAGCGUUUAUGGUGCAGUUUACCGCGUUUCAGGGCACGGCGAAUCUGCAAUCCUCGAUCAACUCAAAGGAUGGAUUAGGCACCGUAUCGCUGAGUGCCAUUUAUGCGGCGCUGGUUGUCUCCUGCAUCUUCCUGCCCACGCUGAUCAUUCGCAAGCUGACGGUUAAAUGGACGCUCGUUUGCAGCAUGCUCUGCUAUGCGCCGUACAUUGCCUUCCAGCUCUUCCCGCGCUUCUACACCUUGGUGCCGGCUGGCAUCCUGGUGGGUAUGGGCGCGGCGCCCAUGUGGGCAUCCAAGGCCACAUAUCUGACACAGGUGGGGCAGGUGUAUGCUAAGAUAACAGAACAGGCUGUGGAUGCCAUUAUAGUGCGAUUCUUUGGCUUCUUCUUCCUUGCCUGGCAAUCCGCUGAGCUUUGGGGCAAUCUCAUCUCCAGCUUGGUUCUAUCCAGCGGCGCACAUGGCGGCAGCAGCAGUGCCAAUUCCACAAUCAGUGAGGAGGAUUUGCUGUAUUGCGGUGCGAAUUUCUGCACCACCGGUAAUGGCGGUCACGGUAACCUGGAGCGUCCACCAGAGAACGAAAUCUUUGAGAUCUCAAUGAUCUAUCUGUCAUGCAUUGUCGCCGCCGUCUGUAUCAUUGCCUUCUUCCUGGAUCCUCUCAAGCGUUACGGUGAGAAUCGUAAGGGCUCCAACUCGGCGGCCGAACUGUCCGGCCUGCAGUUGCUGUCGGCGACAUUCCGUCAGAUGAAGAAACCCAAUCUGCAGCUGCUCAUACCGAUCACCAUAUUCAUUGGCAUGGAGCAGGCAUUCAUUGGCGCCGAUUUCACUCAGGCAUAUGUCGCCUGUGCAUUGGGUGUCCAUCAGAUUGGUUUCGUCAUGAUCUGCUUUGGUGUGGUCAACGCUCUCUGCUCCAUACUGUUUGGAUCUGUGAUGAAAUACAUUGGACGCUUGCCCAUCAUUGUGCUGGGCGCCGUUGUCCAUUUCACGCUCAUCUCUGUCGAACUCUUUUGGCGUCCCAAUCCCGACAAUCCACUCAUCUUCUAUGCCAUGUCCGGUCUUUGGGGUGUCGGUGAUGCCGUCUGGCAGACACAAAUCAACGGUCUCUACGGUCUGCUCUUCCGGCGAAACAAGGAAGCCGCCUUCUCCAACUAUCGCCUGUGGGAAUCCGCCGGAUUUGUCAUCGCCUAUGCUUAUGCCACAACGCUCUGCACCCGCAUGAAGCUCUACAUUCUGUUGGUGGUGCUGACACUCGGCUGCAUUGGCUACGUCAUUGUGGAGAUUCUCUACAGGAAGAAGCAACGCAAGAUGAAGAAGCAGGAGAAACUCGAGGCCGCUGAAAAGGAGAAGGAGGCGGCUGCCGCUGCAGCUGCUGCUGAGGCAAAUGCCGCCUUUGCUGACGGCGUCGAGGAGACAGACGAUGAGCUCGACGAUCUCGAAGAAGAUAUUGUAGUCACGCGCCUGUAAUAACCGUAUUUUGUUAAUUGUUGUACGUUCUUUUUGUUUACUAUAUUUUGCCGUCGGCGUCGUUGCGGCUGCAGCAGCAGCGCUGUUACUGUUAACCGUUCACUGUUGAAAGUGAUAGGCUUAACAGUUACAACAGUUCACAUUACACUGUUAACGCACACACAAUGUUAGCGCUUAACAUGAUGUUAAGAAAACAAACACACUGAUCAAUAACUGUUGCAUAGCCGCAGGCGCGCACAUUUCGUCGGCCAAUCGGCGACGCGUCCGAACUUUUUUUGUCGUUGUAGUUGUCGUAGUACUUAGUACAUUCCCCCUCCCCAAAAACCAUUUAACACAAAGGCCAAUUAACAAUGCACAAGCACUUAGCAUGUGAGUGUGUGUGUGUGUGUGAAUGUUUAUUGAAGUGUAUGUUUGAGUGAGUGUUUGUGUGUGUGUGUGUGUGCAAGUGUGUGUGUGCGUGUGUUUUGCAUAACUUUAGUUUGUAAAUAUGCAAGAGAUAAAAAUUGACAGAGGACGCCUUUAACUUAAUGUAGUGAGAAUAACAAGCACACACACACACACAGACAGACAGUGAGUGAGUAAGUAAGUGAGAGUUAGAGUCAGAGAGAGAGAGAGAGAGAGAGAUACACAGCACCAGCACUACGCACACAAUGACAACAUGCUGCAGCAGUAUGUGUGUCACUAUGCCUAAUAAAUUGUUAUUUUAUUUUAGAUACUAGCAUUAAACAAAUCUAUAUGUAAAAUAUUUUUUUUUUAAUUUUUCUCUUGGUUGCUGACAUACACAACUAACAUACACAACAUCAACAAACAAUCAAACAACAAAACGUGAUAAUUAAACACUUAAACACACAUACAUACUUAUGUAUAUACAUAUGCAUGUAUGCACACACACAUACACACACACACACACACACAAGUCACAAAAUAGUCAAAUUUCUAAACUAAAAACUGGCCGCAAAAACUUUAAUGUUAAUUGCAAAUAAAAAAAAAAACAAACACUUAUUUUUAAGCAGUCGAAAAUAA